AUAAUGGGGUCCAUGAAUAGUUAAAAAUGAGGUAGUGGGACGGUAGAGAAAAUAUGAGAUAGUUGAAAAAUGAGGUAGUUGUUGAGGUGACACAUAUGUGACACCACGGUGGGGUAGCACCACAGUGGAUGCUCUAAAAAAAUUACUCCUGCCUUCUAGAACCAUUGUCCGCCGCCGGAACAGUAUAAUACUACGGCCUGCCACCUGGGGGCGGCGCUGGCCGGAGCUCCGAUAGGCGAUAACUAUAUGCACUGUUCAUAAAUUUAUUAGCUACAGAGACAGUUUGUAUUUGUAAGGCUAUAACUGAAAAUUAGUGUUUUAUUCCACGCUGCCGCGAAUCAUCCUUUUUAACUGCUUCCAAUUUUCUACUCAUUUUCUGGUAAAAGUGAAGAAUCCAACGUCGUCGUUUCCUGCUCGCCAGCUCUCGUAAUCAAACUACUGGUCAUCAUAGGGAUUGCUUCAACUUCACUCUUUUUCCAAUUUUGAUUCGCCCCACUGGGAAAAAGCGCAAACAGUUGAUCUACAUCCCCAAAACCCUCAAUUUCCUCCCCCAAUUUCAGCCGCUGUGUUUGGGGAAUUCUGCGGCGGUGAUUUGACUCGCCGGAGAGCGCAAUGGGCUGCACGCAGUCGAAGAUCGAGAACGAAGAGACGGUCAACCGAUGUAAGGAACGCAAGCAGCACAUGGAGCGCGCCGUCACGGCCAGGAACAAGUUCGCCGCCGCGCACUCUGCCCACGCCAUGUCCUUGAAGAAUACCGGCGCCGCCCUCAGCGACUUCGCCCAGGGUGAGGCCAUCUACCCCGCCACGGCCGUCGCCGCCGCUUCCGUGGCCUCCUCCACCGCAAUCGGGAGUGCCGCCCCGCCUCCCCCUCAUCCCUACGAGAAUUUCCCCCCGCCGCCUCCUCCGCCGCACGAGUCGUUCCCAAACACAUCGCCGCUCCAGCGCGCCGCUACCAUGCCGGAAUUCGCAAUCCCCCGACCCGUAAACAAUCACGCCGAUCCGAUCAUGGAGGAAGAAAACGAAGAGGAUGAUGAAUCUGAUAUUAGCCAUAGCUUGAAGCGGCGUAGUAAGAGUAGUAAGAGUGCGGGUAGAGGUGGGAUCUCACCUCCUGAGCCUCUAGAAGACGAGGUUUUGCAUCAGCAGCGGAAGAAUGAUCAACGUGACCACGAUCGGGAGCGCGUGCAGCAGCAGCAGCAGCCGCCUCCUCCGCCAUCGAAUUCUUCGUCUUGGGAUUACUUCUUCGGAACUGACCACAUUCCUGGGCCGACAUUAGCGGAUGUGGAGGAGAAUAGUGUUGAGAUAGAGGAGAUGGAGCGGAAGAUGCUUGAAGAAAGGGCGAGGAGAAAAGAAAUGGAGGAGAAGGAGAAGGCGAGGGCAGCGAAAGCAGAGCCGGUGGCAGAGGUGGUGGAGUUGGUGAGUGAGCUUCCUCCGCAGCCACCGCCACCAGAAGCUGCAAUAGCAGCUGCAAUGGCUGAGAAGAAAGCGAAACAAGUUGUUCUUCCGGCUGAGGGGAAGAAGAAGAGCGUGGGUAACGUGAACCUUGUGCAGAUAUUUGUUGAGCUUGAUGAUUGUUUUCUUAAGGCUUCGGAAAGUGCACAUGAUGUUUCUCGGAUGCUCGAGGCUACCCGCUUGCAUUAUCACUCCAAUUUUGCGGAUAAAAGAGGGAAUAUUAAUCAUUCAGAAAGAGUGAUGCGCGUUAUUACUUGGAAUCGGUCCUUUAGAGGUUUGGCUAAUGCUGAUGAUGGGGUGGAUGAUUUUGAUUCGGAGGAGCAUGAAACUCAUGCAACGGUGUUGGACAAGAUGCUGGCAUGGGAGAAAAAGCUUUAUGAUGAAGUGAAGGCAGGAGAGCAGAUGAAACUUGAAUAUCAAAAAAAGGUGGCCUCAUUGAAUAAGUUGAAGAAACGCAGUUCAAACACAGAUGGAUUGGAGAGAAUGAAAGCAGCAGUUAGCCAUCUGCAUACAAGAUAUAUAGUCGACAUGCAGUCCAUGGACUCCACUGUCUCUGAAAUUAAUCGUCUACGUGAUGAACAACUUUAUCCAAAACUCGUUUUCCUUGUUGAUGCGAUGGCUACAAUGUGGGAGACAAUCAGAAUACACAAUGAGAGCCAAUCCAAGGUUGUUCAAGCAUUGAGAUAUCUCGACAUCUCCCAAGCUCCAAAAGAAACAAGCGAACACCACCAUGAGCGCACACGCCAGUUAGGUGGUGUGGUUCAGGAAUGGUUUACAAAUUUCAGUGAACUCAUGGGCCAGCAAAAAGAAUAUAUCAAAGCACUCAACCAUUGGUUAAAGCUAAACCUCAUUCCAAUAGACACAAACUGGAAGGAGAAAGUCUCAUCUCCUGGCCGACCUCAAAACCCCCCUAUUCAGAAGCUCCUCCAAGCCUGGCAAGAAUACCUAGACAAGCUCCCCGAUGAGCCAGCAAGAGCGACUAUCAACAACUUUGCAGCCAUAAUAAAGACUAUAUGGCAGUAUCAAGAGGAGGAGCUGGACUACAAAAACAAAUGUGCAGAAGCCAGGAAGGACCUCAUCAGAAAAACCCGAGAUUUUGAGACUUGGUACAACAAGCAAAUGCAGAAGAGGUCACCUGCUGAUGACAUGGAUCCAGAGAGGUCAAUGGAUCAGAAUCAUAUUGCUGAUAGGCAGCUUUCGGUUGAAGCUGCAAAGCAGAAAUUGGAGGACGCAGAAGAAUCUUAUCAGAAGCAAUGCAUUCAAGUUAGAGAUAAGUCCCUCAUGAGUCUGAAGAGCCAUUUGCCUGAACUCUUUAGGGCCCUGUCCGAUUUUUCUCUUGCCUCCUCGGAUAUGUACAGUCAUUUGAGGGCCAUCGCGCAUUCACGAAGCAGGAGUGAGGUAUCAUAAUGAGGACUCAUCUCUUUCUUUCUGAUGUACGUGUGCUUCCUUCCUGCACAUGUAAUUUUUCCCUAUGUAUUUUACAAAUAAUUUACCACUUAGAUGUGUUUGUUGUGAAAUAGUAGCCGGAAUUGUUACAUUCUAUUUAUUUUACUCCUGCGUGUAUAGCCAAGAGAUGAGAUUGUAAGUUGAUUCAUUCAUAUAUAUGGAAUGUCUGUUGCUAAUUUAUUUGCUGAAA